AUGUCUUCGCAGCCACAGCUCAAUAUCGACCGCUACGUUGUCAUCCAUGUGGCCACGACUUGCGAUGAACACGGUGUCUACGUCACCAAGGAUUCCGCCGAGGUCAUUGAGCUUGGAUGGAUUCUUCUCGACGCCAACUCGCUAGAGGAGAUCACCCACGAGAGUGUUCUUGUCAAGCCAGUCAACACUCCGAUUACUCCGCUUUGCACAAGCCUGACCACCCUGACCUGGGAACAUGUUCGGAACGCCGGUACCUUUAGAGACGCCAUUUCUCGAUUCGACACGUUUGCUACCGAGUAUCUGACUUCCAAGAACCUCGAUUUCGUCUUCGUCACUCUCGAUGCUUGGGAUCUUCGUGUACAACUACCCCGAGAAGCUCGUGACAAGGCCGUCGUGCUCCCUCCCUAUCUGCAGCACUCGCGUACCUUUGACUUGCGAACCGAGUAUCAGCGAUGGCAGCAGCAUCAUCCCGAAUCCCUGCCAUUUGGGCCUUCGAUGCUGUCCAACAUCUGCGCCGCCCUCGAGGCUCUCGCACCUGCUUCGCCGCGCCGCGCCAUGGAGGAAGCUAUCACUCUUGCCCGUGUUCUUCGCGGCCUGAUCCGGAAAUCACAGCCUCCCCAGGAGCAUCCGGAUGUGUUGACCAGGCCGAUGGAUGCCAGGGCUGACCUUGAAAGCUGGUUCACCCAGUUUGGUGGGCGUCCAAUCGCCUUUUGGACACUACGUACUCCGGAACAGCAUAAGCCCACUGGUACCGGCUUUGCGGUGUUCUCGUCCCAUGAAGAGGCUGCCGAGAGCCUGUGCAUGAACGGGCGUGCACUGAACGAAAAGGCCAUUGAGGUAUCUCCCUCGUCCAGCCGUGUCCUGGACCGCGCCCAGGACAUCUUGACGCCGUUCCCUCCGAGCAAGAAUCGUCCUCGACCCGGUGACUGGACCUGCCCCUCGUGCGGCUUUUCCAACUUCCAGCGCCGAACCGCAUGCUUCCGUUGCUCCUUCCCGGCCAUGGGUCCCGGCCCUGCGGCUGAAAUGGGUGGAGGUGGCGGUGGCGGCGGCGGCGGCGGAUAUGGCUACAACUACGGCCCGCCGACCAUGAUGCCUCCCCCCCCCCAUGGUGGCGGACACCACGGUCCCAUGGGCCACGGCGGUCGCAUGGGUGGAGGCGGCGUUGUUCCCUUCCGCGCCGGCGACUGGAAGUGCGGGAACGAGGUCUGCGGCUACCACAACUUCGCCAAGAAUGUGUGCUGCCUUCGCUGUGGAGCAAGCCGUGCCGGAGCCGCUGUCGUGGCCGACUCGGGAUACCCGUCUCCAAUGGAUAAUUCCUCGCAGUACAGUAUGAGCCAGGGAUCCAUGGCUGGGACCCCGGGCCCCGGGCCCUUUGGCUCUGGCAACUCGUUUGCAUCCGGUGGGGGCUAUAACCAGCACUUUGGAGGACCGCCAAGCCACUUUCUGCCAUCCGGUCUUGGUGGCGGCGCCGGAAACUAUCCCAGCUCCCUCAACAAUCAAGGCUUUGGAGCCGCUCCCGGGUCCCACGCUGCAGGGCCAUUCGAUAGCAGGGCUGCCGAGGCCGCUUUCCAGUCGGCGACUAAUGGUCCGGCUUCCGCGGGCCCCGUUCCAUCGAACAACUUUUACGGCGGCAAUAACAAUGGCGAAAACGACCCCUUUGCCUUCCUCUCUAGCGGCAUCAGCGGUCUUAGCGUUGGGGGCGGCGACGGUCGUCAGAACGGUGGAGGUGCUCCUCCGAGCAAAUCGCCCGCCUAG